AUGGUCAGUGCCCCUUAUGGCGAUCACUGGCGUACUCUCCGGCGAAUCGGCGCCAUUGAGAUCUUCUCGUCUCAAAGGCUUAACAGCCUUUUAUCCAUCCGUAAAGACGAAAUCCGACAUUUGAUUUUGCGUCUCUCCAAAAACUCUCAAAAAGAGUUUGUGAAAGUGGAGAUGAGAACAUUGUUUGCGGACUUUAUUCUUAACAAUGUUAUGAGGAUGGUGGCCGGGAAGCGGUUUUACGGCGAUGGAACAGAACACGAUGACGACGCAAGAUGCGUUAGGCAGUUGAUUGCUGACGUGGUGGCUAGUGCCGGCGCCGGAAACGCCGCUGAUUAUUUUCCGGUCUUGUGUUGGAUCACUGAUUACGAGAGACGUGUCAAAAAGGUCGCAGCUCGGUUUGACGUGUUCUUGCAAGGACUUGUUGACGAGAAACGUGCGGCAAAAGAAAAGGGCAAUACCAUGAUCGAUCGUUUGCUUUCUCUCCAAGAAACGCAACCUGAUUAUUACACAGAUCUCAUCAUCAAAGGGAUCAUAGUCGUAUUGAUACUUGCGGGGACUGAUACCGUAACAGGAACACUUGAGUGGACGAUAUCAAAUUUGCUAAACCAUCCAGAGGUUUUGAGAAAAGCCAAAAACGAAAUCGACACAAAAAUCGGUGUAGAGAGGUUAGUCGACGAAUCCGACAUAAAAGAUCUCCCUUAUCUUCAGAACAUCGUGUCGGAGACUCUACGACUUUAUCCGGUAGCUCCGACACUUCUCCCCCACGUGGCGUCUGAGGAUUGCAUGGUCGCGGGAUACGACGUGCCACGAGGCACAGUCUUAUUGGUGAACGUAUGGGCCAUGCAUAGAGAUCCAUGUAUAUGGGAAGAGCCAGAAAUGUUUAAACCAGAAAGGUUUGAGAAAAAAGGUGCUGAUCAGAAGCUGAUCCCGUUUGGGAUCGGACGACGAGCUUGUCCUGGUUCCGGUUUAGCUCAACGGUUAGCGAAUCUUGCUGUAGGAUCGUUGGUUCAGUGUUUCGAGUGGGAGAGAGUUGGAAAAGAAAAUGUGGACAUGAAAGAAGGGAGCAUGAUGCACCAAGCGACACCGAUGCAUGCCAUGUGUAAAGCUCGUCCCAUUGUCCACAACGUUCUCAACGCUUCGUUUUGA